AUGUCAGAGACUGGGGCUAAUUGUUCUCAUCCUCGAAAACGCCUUCGUCAAGAUGAGACAGCACUGAUAAAACUGGAUGACGCGCAGCUGGUCGAAGGACUGCGGCACACCCGCCACGAUUUCUGCGACGUGUCGGUGCGGGGCGCGGAUGAUCCGUCUCGGCCGGUGCAGUGGAUCGCCUGCCACCGGAUAGUUUUGAUGGCGUGCAGUGGCUGGUUCCGCUGUAUGCUGCGCUCGCCCAUGCAGGAGUCCACACAGAAUCACAUCCAGCUAAAAAGUAUUCCCCACGACAUCUUGGAGCAGCUCAUCAACUCCAUGUAUUCUCGUGAGCUGUCCGUAGACGGCAGCAACGCACUCUUUCUCUGGCAGGCGGCGGAUAUGUUGGAGUUAGGCCAAAUUGUGGAGGCAUGCAAAGAUUUUCUGCGGCAGAGUGUCGACAAGACCAACUGGCUGACCAUUCAGCGCGGCGCGAAGCUGCUGCACUGCGCGGAUCUGAUCCAGCAAUGUCAAGCCUUCGCGCUAGAGUACUUCACAACGGUUUGCCACUCCGGGGAAUUUUUAGAAAUGGAUGCAGCGGAACUAAGUGAGUUGAUCGGGGCAGACGAACUGAACGUGGAGGACGAAGAGCAAGUGGCCGACGCGGUGCUGCGUUGGUUGGACCAUUCCCCUGACCGCGCAUCGGAGGUGGUCCGACGUCAGCUGCUGCAGCGCAUAAGGGUCUCGUUGCUAUCUUCACAAUAUCUAUCAGCGCUUCCCGACGAUUCCGCUGCCGAUUUACGCCGGGUAGGCGACAGCCCAACGCAACUGCGUAAAUCAUGCCAGCCCCUUAUCUUUACCGUGUCAUACGAUAACGAAGCGGAAGAGUACGAGGGCCGCCUUGAAUGCAUUGAUCCGUACACGGGCCGCUGCGCCAGUUUCCCGUGCGAUGACCCACCGACGUACUUCAAACAUCCGGCCGCGUUCGUGUUGGAGAAUGACCGGCUCACCGUUUAUUUCGCGGUACUCUACGGAUGGAGUGGCAACCCACCGGUCGUUCACAAGUACGAUGCACUGCUGGAUCGUUGGAUAGCACUGGGCAAUGGUGACUUUCCUAUCACCGAACUGAUCAUAGUUGUCAUCCACGAUCAGGUGUACGCAGUGGGCGAACAAACGCUGCACCGUUACGAUGCCAUACAGGAUCAUUGGGUCGCCAGGGCUAUCAAGCCGCGGUGGCUGAAUGAAAGUGCCGCCGUGGUCCUCGAUGGCAGAUUGUACACGUUCGGCGGGGUGCUGCAUGACAAUGAGACGGUCUCGCGGUCCCAUAUCGUCUGCUGCUACGAUCCGGCGCGGGAUGUUUGGGAAGAGCUGCCGCCCAUGCCCACGGCACGCAACUGUGCAAGAGCUUGCAUUGGACCAGAUGGGCACAUCUACGUUGUCGGAGGAUACGCAGGCUGCAACGAAGAUGGACAUCCUGUCAACUGUGUGGAAGUGUAUAACGUGCAGACGAACCAAUGGCAAAUAAAGAAAAGCAUGCACACUCCCCGAGCGGACCUGGGGCUAGUGCUGUUGAAAGGACAACUGUGUGCUGUGGGGGGAUUUGAAGGGGAGGGAGAAUGGAUCGAGUGUUACGAUACAAUAACGGACACCUGGACGGUCUGCCGGUCGGCGCCGCCGAAACUGACCAAUGAGCAAGGCGCUUUCAACUGCGCAGUGCUGACACGGCAUUACGCCUGGAAAACUAUGGACCGACUGAGGACUGGCUCAUCGUGGACAACGUUUCUUAAUAAUUUUGAUUAGUAUUACGCGAAUGCACAUUUUGUUGCUUUGUUACGCGUUGACCGGCUGUCUCGGGGCCAUAGACCCGACAUUAGCUAACUAUUUGCGGAUACUGAUGGUAGAUAACUCAAAUCCAUUUUUGACUUUUCGAUUACUUUAUAAGACCAAAGGAGGUUUGCGGAGGCAAGCCGCUGACAGUUACCGUAAUUUGCCCGUCAGUGACCCGGGGUCAAUGUUUUCGUAUUGGAUUUUGACGGGUCUUUGUUUUGAGAAGGACUUGCAUAUAUCGGGAAAGCUUUGCUAAAUGGGCGAGUGUUUUGUAAAAGUUCUAAAGACCUUUAACGGAAAAAAAUCAAUAGCUUGU